AUGAAAGAAGUCGUUAAAAACCGGCGCGCUGAGUUUGACUGUCGGUUUUCUCACAGUCUGUACGUAGCGUGCUACUUUUGAGCUAGUGUUAGCAUAGUUUAGUUAGCUAGGUUAGUUAGCUAAUGCAGUAGGUGUGAAGAAGUUUCGUUAAUAUCUUGAUACUCACGAAAGGUGUGCAGCUUUGAUGUGAAAAUCUCCGGAUUUGGAUUCGGAGAUUUGCCGUCGUACGAGGAUGGAAGGCGACCGAAUGGAGGUGACACCUAUCCAAAACAUCCAUGUGGAGGUCCAUGUUAAAUCUCUUAGCACAGCUAAACCGUCUGAAGUGAAGAUGCACGUUCAGGCGCUGCUGAAUCGCCACAGCAUGACUUUUGGAAACUACAGAUGGACCGAGUUUGAUGACAAAUUCCUGCAUAAGCAUGUGGAUUCUGUGGUCAUUGAUCUUCAGGAGACAACACAGCCCCUCGAUUUAAAGAGCUGUGACGUCUCCAUUCAUGUCUUCACCCUGAAUGAAGAAGGACCCAGCACACUCAAUUUGGAAGAGGAUGAAGACCUUUCAGCCGCUAAUCACUGGCUCCUGCCAGCAGCUGAAUUUGAUGGGCUCUGGGAGAGUCUUGUAUAUGAAACAGGAGUGAAAGCCAAGCUUUUGGAUUAUGUCACAACAACAAUUUACUUCUCGGAUAAAAAUGUCGACAGCAACCUAAUUUCCUGGAACCGCGUCGUGCUUCUUCACGGACCUCCGGGCACAGGGAAAACAUCGCUCUGCAAAGCUCUUGCCCAGAAACUGUCAAUCAGGCUGUCAAGUCGGUAUACCUACGGCCAAUUUGUGGAGAUUAACAGUCAUAGUUUGUUCUCCAAGUGGUUCUCAGAGAGCGGUAAACUGGUCACAAAGAUGUUUCAGAAAAUCCAACUGCUGAUUGACGACAAAGACGCUCUGGUGUUUGUUUUGAUUGAUGAGGUGGAGAGCCUGACAGCAGCCAGGAAGGCCUGCCAGGCGGGAACAGAGCCGUCUGAUGCCAUCCGAGUGGUCAACGCCGUUCUCACACAGCUGGAUCAAAUCAAACGGUAUCCCAACGUGGUCAUCCUGACGACGUCCAACGUGACUGAGAAGAUCGACCUGGCGUUUGUGGACAGAGCCGACAUCAAGCAGUACAUCGGACCUCCGUCAGAGAAAGGCAUCUAUAACAUCUAUCUCUCCUGUCUGGAAGAGCUGAUGAAAUGCCAGAUCAUCUACCCCAGGCAGCAGCUUUUUACUAUGUACGAGCUGGAAACCAUGGGCUUUGUUAGGAGCGAAGUUUCUGAGCACAGUCUGAAGCUGAGGAAUAUCGCCGUAAAAAGCAAAGGCCUGAGUGGAAGAGCGCUCAGGAAAUUACCCUUUCUCGCUCAUGCCCUCUUUGUACAGCAGACACCAUCAGUAACUCUCGAAAGGUUCCUGAAGGCAAUGUGUCGAGCGGUGGAUAAACAGAGGGAGGAAGAGGCCAAUCUGAUCAAUGGAGUCUGAAACUAUUACGACACCUUAAAGCUGGCACAUAAUUAUUCUGUCAAUCUUUCAUUCCUGAUGCCUUUUUUUUUUUUUAAACCUUCACAGUUCAGUUGGCAGCACUUCAAUUAAUCUGUUAUCUAAAAAUAUUGCUUUAACAAAUCCUGUUCAUCACUUAAAGCUCUUUAUUCAGGUAACUGCUGAUGCUGAUAACUUAAAGCAAACUGUAUCAGGAAAGGACUUGUUAUAUGAGAUGCUGCUUUGUGUUUGCUCUCACUGUCUCACAACUUUAACCGUAACAGUUUUUGUGUUUUGCUGGUUUUGCGUAAAGGUAAACUGUUCUUCCGUUACCAUCGCAUACCGUUGAUCCUGUCAGUAGGAACCAGGCAAUGGGCAGCUGGAGAAAACUCCAGUCGGACAUAUUUUCUGUCUUUCCAUUAAACUGACUUUGAACCCUAGUAAGGGCGUAAUGAGAAAA